AAGCCGUGCUGUCUCCGCCCUCCUCGCCCACUCCGCCUCCAGGCAGCCAGCUCGUUAGUCCGCCGCUCACCGUCCCGCUGUUACGCGGAGCCUCGGCGUCUUUUUUUUCUCCCAAGCGAGUCCUUCACGGGCCGCGCUUCGCCGAGAUUAAAGUCUUUGCGAACUUAGUUCUCCAGCUUCACGCGACUGUCCAUGGAGAAAAUGGCCGGACUUCUUCCCAGCAACACAACUUUCCUGCCGCCGACUCAUGGCGUCCUCAAGUCCCUGCUGGAGAAUCCCCUCAAGCUGCCCUUCCAGCACGACGAAGGCUUUGGCAAAGAGAAGAAGUUGGAGGAUGAGAGCGGCGUGGCCAACCCGCCACAGUCGGCCUUCCUGGGCCCCACCCUGUGGGACAAGACGCUGCCCUACGACGGCGACAAUUUUCAGCUGGAGUACAUGGACCUGGAGGAGUUCCUUUCCGAGAACGGCAUUCCCGCCAACACGGCGCAGGGCGAGCAGCGACACCAGCAGGCCGCGACCCCGGCCCCGCAGCCGCCCCAGGCCCUGCCCACGCCCUCCGUGGUGGACCUCAGCAGCCGCGCCACCACCUCCUUGCACACGCCCAUGCCGCAGCCCUGCCUCCACAGCCCCGGCGCCGCAGCCCGGGACACGCCCAGCCCCAUCGACCCUGAGUCCAUUCAGGUGCCCCUGGCCUACGAGCCAGACCCGGCAGACCUGGCGCUGUCCAGCGUUCCCGGCCAGGCCGUGUUCGAUCCCAGGAAACGCAAGUUCUCCCCCGAGGAGCUGAAACCACAGCCCAUGAUCAAGAAGGCCCGCAAGAUCUUCAUCCCCGAAGACCUGAAGGACGACAAGUACUGGGCGCGGCGCAGAAAGAACAACGUGGCGGCCAAGCGCUCGCGGGACGCCCGGCGGCUGAAGGAGAACCAGAUCGCCAUCAGGGCCAGCUUCCUGGAGAAGGAGAACGCCGCCCUCCGCAUGGAGGUGUCCGACCUGCGGAAGGAGCUGGGCCGCUGCAAGAACAUUGUGGCCAAGUACCAGGCCCAGCACGGGCCGCUGUGAAUCCCCGCCCACUGCCUCGGCAUUCCCGCUCUUUGACCCCUGACCCCACCUCCCUUUAAAGGACAAACUGUCUCCUGGUUGCCACAACACACACAAAGUCAUUUUUCACUUUGUUCUCAGCCUCCUGCUAAAAAGCCAUGUGACUUGGGCACUUUUUUUUAUCUUCUCGCUGCGCUAAGCUCCGCCCCCUCAGCCACGGUUCACCAGUGAGCAAUAAAGCCGCUGCCCCUGUGCACUAAAGCCUCGCUCACAAUCUCCCCCCCCCCACCCCCCCCCACUGUUGACAUGUCGCUCCAUGACCGAUGGUGUCGUUUCAGCAUGAAUUCCCUAUUUUUUCUUUUGUUUUUCAAACUUCUAUCUGCUUGUGUUGAGCGUAGUAACCCCCCCCCCCCCCCCCCCAUCCCCCCUCUGCGUGGUAGAACCUUCGUGUCUGCGUAGCCGCCCGUCUUGGCCAAGAUGGCGACAUGAAUGUAAAGAACGUGCUGACCAAGGAAAAAAAAAAAGCAAAGGUUGGUUUUAAAUGAGUUUGUUCACCACAGACCAAACCAAUCGCUCCAGAGAUGAUCUAUUGGUUACAAGAGAUGUUUAUACAAACCUAAUCUAUACGUUGUUGUUUUGUACAGUAUUUUUCCUAUACAUUACUGAACUAUGUACUUUAAAGGCAUAACAGAUCCAGAAUAUUAAAGACUUCGAGAAUA